AUGGCUUGGGUACUUCGAAGAUUUAUUUUUCCUUUGUUAUUGUUCCUUUUCAACGAUAGAUCGUCCAGAAGUGAACCUAUUUCGGACCCGAAACCCCAAUUAACAUCUCGGACGGUUAGAACUAAAUACGGUGACGUUAGUGGAGUUAUCGUAACCUUAGACGCAAAACAUCUCGAACCUGUUGAGGUGUUCCGCGGGAUCCCGUACGCGAGCCCGCCAUUGGGCAGUUUGAGGUUCAUGCCGCCGGUUACUGGUGCAUUGUGGCAGGGUGUGAAAAUCGCCGAUAGAUUUAGUCCUGUGUGUCCUCAGAGGUUGCCGGAUAUUUCAAACGAAACCGCAGCUUUGAGGAGGAUGCCAAGAGGUCGAUUGGAAUACUUGAAGAGGCUGUUGCCCUACUUCAAGGAGCAGAGCGAGGAUUGCCUGUAUUUGAAUAUUUACGCCCCAGCUCAAGUAUCUAAAAUGAACUCAAGUGAUUCAGAUUCCGACUCCGAUUUUUUGUUAGAAAAUAUCACUUCAGGUAGUGAAUGUGAAAGUUUUGAUGAUAUCAAUGACAGAGAAAAUAUGUCAGACUAUAGUAACGCGUCAUCUAUAGACAGUAAUCCGCCUGGGUGGAAUGUCAUAGGUAAUCCGAUUGAAGAUAUACUGCCUUAG